AUUUGGAGCUUUCUUUGCAUCAAUACCCUUACCUAUUUUUGCAGCUGCACACUGCAUUCUAUUUGGUCUUGUAGCUUCUGUGGGACUAUCAUUUCUGGAGUUCACUAACAUGAACUCAUUGAGGAACCUCUUUAUUACUGGUGUUGCCCUUUUCUUAGGACUUUCCAUUCCUGAGUAUUUCAGAGAAUACACUGCCAAGGCCCUUCAUGGACCUACUCAUACAAAGGCUAGAUGGUUUAAUGAUUUCCUUAAUACUAUAUUCUUCUCUUCACCAAGUGUUGCAUUGAUUAUUGCUGCAUUCUUGGACAACACACUUGAUUACAAGGAUAGUGGAAAGGAUAGAGGAAUGCCUUGGUGGGCCAAGUUUAGAUCAUUCAAAGGAGAUACCAGGAACGAAGAAUUCUACACCCUUCCUUUCAACCUCAACCGGUUUUUCCCUCCAUCUUAAGAAGAAAGUUCUAUCUUACAGGAAGAUGUAAAAGGAAAAGCAUCAUUCCCAGAGGGAUGUAUAUGUUUUGGUGUGACAAUUGUGUACUACUGAAA